AUGACGAGUGUUGCGAGUCGAAAUUUGUUCGACUUACUUGUCGAUAAUGAGGAUGUUGACCCAAUUGUACAAGAAAAAGAAUCCUCAAAAAAGGAGUCUACAACAACGGUAGUUGUUCAGAAAAAAGUUGAUAGGUCUCGAGCGACUCCGAAGGAGGCCAGAAUUAGGCAUGAAUAUCCUCAACGUGGAGGUUUUAAAGCUGCUCCUACCAACAAUAGAAACGAGGACACGAGAUCAGGUGCGGCACCUCGUGAUCGUAAUGUUGGUCCUCGUCUUUCUGGUCGUCGUGGCGAAGAAGGUGAUUACCCUAAUAGAACAGGACGUGGUGCCCGAAGUAGCGAAAGAGGUCGUGGAGGUGGUCGCGGAGGAGGAAACCGUCGAGGACGCGAAUUCGACCGUCAUAGUGGUACAGGAAAAUAUGACAGUGAGAAAAAAGAAAAUCAGGCUUGGGGCAACCCUGCCGUUUGGGAUAAUAAUGAACCAACUUGGAGUGGAGAAACAAAGGAAAACGAUGCUCCAGCUACUUCCAGUUGGAAUGAGGACGAAAAGCAAAAUGACAACUGGGGCGGUGCUAACGGUCAUGAAUCCAAUGCAAAUGCUAAAGGGGAAACUCCUGUAGGGGAAUCAGGUGCAAAUGAGAAUGAAAACCCCACAACCGGUUGGGAUGAUAAUAAAGCCGAAUCCAAGGAGUGGGAAAUGCUUAAAGAAGAAACUACUACUGCUGGAGGUGAAACAACCGCACCUGUUGCUGAACAAGAAGUCGUAAAGACUUAUGAUGAAUUUCUUGCGGAAAAAGCUCAAAAAGCACUUGACCUCUCUCUCCCCGAAGCUAGAAAACCCAAUGAAGGGGUAGAUGAUUCUCAAUGGAAGGAUGCCGUUCCUUUGGAAAAAGACGACGAAGAUGUCCUUUUUGCCGGCAAGGAGCAAGCAUAUAGACUCAAAUCUAAGAAAUCAAAAGCAAAAAAUUAUCUUGAAAUUGAAACAACUUUUGAUAGACCAGGAGCUAACUUUCCACGCGGACGUGGUCGAGGACGCGGUGGUGGAUCCCGUGGAGGAAGAGGCGAAAGACGUGACAACCGUGAUGGGCGUGAACGAGAUAGGCGUGAUAAUUAUCGUGAGCGUGAGAACUACGACAAUGAGAAUCGUGAUAACCGUCGUCGUGGAGGUCGUGGUGAGGUUAUUCUAGUUCAGUAUCAUGUUGUAAGCAAGCAUUGGAACAGAGCGGCAAGGACUGACGAAAUAGCAAAAAAGAUAGAAGAGUUUUUUGCACCUAAAAACUUCUUCAAUAAAUUUACAACGCUUGAUUUUUUUCUUGGUACUAGCAAUGAAGACGAACGUCGUUACUUAUUGCUCUCUGAAGAUUCUGUGAAAACUAUUCGUUUAGGGUUGGAGACAUUUACGUCCGCUUCAUUUUCGUCUAUGCCCUCUUCACAUUAUACAUAUUCAGAUGUUGUACGUGUCUCCGUUAAUGCACCGUCAAUGUUCAAUAAAGUUACCAAAGAUAUACAAAAAUAUAAUAAAGGAGUUCGCACAGCUUUAAAACUUCGUGGAAUGAAAAAUAUGUGGGAGAAAGCACGAAAUAUGAUUCAAGAAAAAAAAAAUUUAUUUAUGGCAGUUGAUGUUGAAAGUUAUGAACGAGAUCAUUCUUGUAUCUUGGAGGUUGGGUGGAGUAUGUACGAUUCUAAGAACGACUUAAUUAUGGAUCGGCAUUUCUGCGUGACUGAUUAUAGACAUCUGAGAAACGGACAGUUUGUUCCAGAUAUGAAGGAUCGAUUCACCUUUGGAACUUCAGUAUGGGCAAAUCAGAAAACGAUCAAAGAUGAAUUCACUAAAGAUUUGGAAUCACAGCUGGGAAGUGUAGUACUUGUAGGACAUGAUAUUAAAACGGAUGUGAAAUAUCUAGAAAGCAUGGGAAUAGAUGUUUCUAGUGUGAUAGAAAGGUUCGAUACUGCUGACAUGAACGCUGCAAGAGUUGGAAAACCGAAUGAACGAAUUAAUCUUGGAAGAUUGCUAGAUGAACUGGACAUUGAAAAUUACAGUUUACACAACGCUGGAAAUGAUGCACAUUACACAUUACGUCUAUUCCUUGAACUUUGCAAGCUCCCACUUGCUCCGCCAGAAGAGCCCAAUGCCUCUCAACCUAUUAGUGAUGAUGAUUGGAUUUAA